UUAGUGAAGUAAGUCAGAACUUCUAAUGUGAUGGUUGAGAGAUUUGUCGCUUUGUGUAAAGCAUUUCGAACGAACUGCAGACAUGGAUCACAUGAAUAACUGCCACCUACGCUUUCUCACUCGAUACUGACACUGAAGAUGGAGACGAGAUGGUCGGAAUAAUAAGAAAAAGGAAGGAGGCUGUUUGUGGCUGUUUGGCAACUAAACAACCAACGGAGCAACAACCUAUCACCGGAAUGAUAUGCAUUAGAAGAAAGUGGAGAUGUAUUGAGCAUACACUGAGAAAACAAUUCGGAGACAUCAUACGUCAGGCCAUGGAGUGGAACCCAGCUUGGAAACGAUGAGUUGGGCGUGCUAGCUGAGGGUAACAUUGCAGAACCCAUUUGAUAUAUAAUACCUGAUGAUUUUUGUAUGUGUAGACUGG